GCGGUAGUGGCGGCAGCCGGUGCUGCUGCCGCCGCCCCCUACCCGGGAGUGGUGGCUCGCUCCGCGGAGCGGCUUGUGGCGGACGAAGAGCUGGGCAGGGGGUUCAGCAUGGCUUGGGCGCCCCAGCGGGGCCGGCUGGCUGCGGGGCUACUGGUGAACCUGGCCUCGUCCAUCUGCAUCGUCUUCUUGAACAAGUGGCUGUACGUGCGGACGGGCUUCCCCAACAUGAGCCUGACCCUGGUGCACUUCGCCGUCACCUGGUUGGGGCUGUACGUGUGCCAGGCACUGAACAUCUUCGCUCCCAAGAGCCUGCGGCCCCGCCAGGUGCUGCCUCUGGCGCUCAGCUUCUGCGGCUUCGUCGUCUUCACCAACCUGUCCCUGCAGAACAACACCAUCGGCACCUACCAGUUGGCCAAGGCCAUGACCACACCGGUCAUCGUGAUCAUUCAGAGCUUGGCCUACGGCAAGACUUUCCCCGCCCGCAUCAAGCUGACUUUGAUUCCUAUAACCUUAGGUGUUUUCCUAAAUUCAUAUUAUGAUGUGAAAUUUAACUUUCUUGGAAUCGUAUUUGCUUCACUUGGAGUUCUAGUUACUGCCCUUUAUCAAGUGUGGGUAGGAGCAAAGCAACAUGAGCUACAAGUAAACUCUAUGCAGUUGCUGUAUUAUCAAGCCCCGAUGUCCUGCGGCAUGUUGUUGUGUGUUGUACCCUUCUUUGAGCCAUUGUUUGGAGAAGGUGGAUUUUUUGGACCAUGGACACUUUCUGCUGUGAUUAUGGUGCUGCUUUCUGGAAUAAUAGCCUUUAUGGUGAACUUGUCUAUUUACUGGAUCAUUGGGAAUACUUCUCCAGUCACAUACAAUAUGUUUGGACAUUUCAAAUUCUGCAUUACUCUCCUGGGAGGGUACCUCCUAUUUAAGGACCCUUUGUCUAUCCAUCAAGGCCUUGGGAUUCUGUGCACAUUAUGUGGCAUUUUAGCUUAUACACACUUCAAACUCAGUGAGCAAGAUGGAAAUAAAAGCAACUUGGUUCAGCGUCCAUAGAUCAAGGACUGAUGUGGAAACAGUUUGAAAUAUGCACUGAUUUAAAAACAAGCAAAAUAGCUGGAUUAGACAAUAGCUGCCUCCUAUUAUUGAUGAGGACACUGUAGUUCUGUUCUUUGGAAAAAAUCAGGCAUUACAUAAAACUCAGCUUUUAUAAUCAUAAUCCAUUUUAUUAACAUGUAAAUAGUUUGUUUAUGUAACAGGCUAUUGUUGACAUUGACUGCUCGUUUAUACCAAAUGAACUCAUUAGGGCAGAUGGGAAAUGCCAAAGGAAUUCAUUUUUUUCCUUCUAAUCAUUUGUUACAUUUGUUAGAAGGUAUGGAGAAGAGUUUAUUUACUGAUGUUGUGAAGUCAAAUGAACAUUGUUGUUUCUUGAUUUGACAGUGAAAUCUACAUUUUGUUGCUUUUUUUAAUGGACUGUUGAAUGUAAUCUUGUUUCUAACACUCAUGGAUACUUUUUAAAAAGCUUUUCCAUGUUGAAGAUCCAGUAGAAGCAAUAAUUCUGGAUAUUUUGUGUCUGUUUACUGGUAAUUAAACCAAACUCCAGUAUUCCAUUGUUAAGGUAUUGGAAGAGUCUGAUCCUUUAUAAAAUGAUUAUGUUUCUGAAGCUAGGAAACAUUUUGAAGUACAGGGCUUCAAAAAAGGCUGGGCAAACUUCUGUAAUCUGAAAUAUAUUUCAAUAUUGGCCUACAUAAGAGGGCAAAACCCACCAUCUUGGCCCAAUGCAGAUGUAGUGGUUCUGGUUCCUUAAAUGAUUUACUUAUAUCCUCUUAUCUUGCAGGGAACUUCCCUUUGGCCUUAACCAUGCUUAAGUGUUGAAUCUGCAGUGAUUAAUACUUGGGAAGGUUUGUGCUUAAUCAGAAUUUUUAAAGGGAUUUUUCAUUCCCUUGUUCCAGAUCCUAGUUAAACAUGAACAAUGCAUUGCAUUAGCAUAAGUUGAGGGAACAUAACUGUGGCUAAAUUGGCUGGUGGGCAGAUCUUUAUGUGCAUGGAGAAUAGCUAGGGAAGGGAAGGAAGCAGUUGUUCCUACAGCCUACCCUGUAACUUCAGUAAGGUAUCAGAACAGUUGCAUGUGCACUUGUGUCUUGUAAAUCGAGCCCCCAACCCCCAGUCCGUGGACUGGUUCCAGUCCGCAGCCUGUUAGCAACCGGGCCGUGAGUUAUAUAAUUAUUUCAUUAUAUAUUACAACAUAGUAAUAAUAAGCAGAAGACAUUGGAUUUAUAUCUUGCCCUCCCCAACAACAGACACCCUGUAAGGUGGGUGGGGCUGAGAGAGCUCUCCCCAGAAGCUGCCUAUUCAAGGACAACUCUGCAAGAGCUAUGCCUGACCCAAGGCCAUUCCAGCAGCUGCAAGUGGAGGAGUAGGGAAUCAAACCUGGUUUUCCCAGAUAAUAGUCUGCACACUUAACCACCACACCAAAAUAAAGUGCACAAUUUUAUCAUCCCAAAACCAUCAAAUCCCUCCCCCCGGUUCUGUGGAAAAAUGGUCUUCCGCAAAAACUGGUCCCUGGUGCCAAAAAGGUUGGGAACCGCUAUUGUAAAUGAAGUACAGAAGCUUGAACCAGAAGAUGGAAUGUUUUAAUAAGGUGAGAUAUGCCUUAAUUUGACACAGCUAGAAAUGUCACAUAUCUGUAAAAUAUGAAGAACAACUGAAAUAUUCAUAGUAAUUUUUAAUAAACUAAUUGUACUUAUUUUAAAAACUCUCUCUUACCUGUUUAGUACUAUUACACUUUAAAAAUCCAACACACUAUGAGAAUUAGCCAGUUUAUAGUAUGUUGGAGCAGAAGAGUGAAAACCUAGAAUAAACUGGACAAAGUUAUACAUAAAAGCAGCAAUAACUUGGUGGAUGGCCUGCAUGGCAUUUUGUCUUGAUUCCUAUCAUUUUAAAAGAAACGGAUAGGAGCUGGAACAAAUAACUGAGCUCUGCAGGACCCUUUUUAUAAGUGACUGAAUGCUUAUGAUAUCCCACAUAAGGUAUCAUUUUGCAAACAAAAAACAAAGGUCAGAUCCCAAGUGACAUGAUGUUUCAAUGAUGAUGGUACAAUAAUGAACAAGCAACCUUGCAAAGUGCAGCAUGGCCUGAUUUCAGGUUGUUGAAUGUUUAAUUGUCAAGUGUUUUAGUUGUGUUCAAAGCAUAAUUCCUUAAGUGAUGUGCAGCAUUUUUUGAUAGACCUUUCCAGUAUUAUGAUAGCCAAAACAUUUCAUCUCAUGUCAAGCUGAAGGAUUUCUUUUUAAAUUACAUUCAUGUACCUGUAAUUAGCAUUAAAAAUAGGCUGUAAAACAUGAUCUUGAAGUGCAUUGUGUUUUAAUGUAUGCACUGAUACAGUUAUUUGCACUUAAGUUUGUGCUGUGCACAAGCUUUUCUAAAAUGUAAAUACAUCGUAAGGAUCUGUUUAGUCAAAAACAGGUGCCUACAUAAGGACACAAAAUAGCCAGUAGCCACAGUGUGGCUUAAAGAGGUAUAAUAUUCUUACAAGUCAAUCCUGUGUCUGCAGAUGUAAUAAAAAAAAACAACUACCUAUACCAAUAGUCUUUUCUCCAAUUUGUUCUUCCCUGAAAUGUUUUCAGACACCGGAGAGACUUGUACUUCUUCAUCCCAUUAUACUGUUAUCAUGGUUUGCAAUUGUAAGAUGACAUUAUUGUAAAUACACUGUACAGUAGGAAUGUAUAUGGUACAUAAUGGCUGAACUGGAGUUGGUACUUGGUGGCAAAAAUGUAAAUAAAAUGUACAAGCUAUUUAAGUGUGCUAAAAAUAUACACAUCGUGUAGUAAGUAAAAUGAAGAUUUGUGUUUUGUUUUUAUUUUCCUUUAUGGGAAGCCCUUUUUUGUGAAUGAUUAUUGUGAAUAAACUGGUUCUGAUGCCUUUA